GCAGUUACAUUGUUUUCCAUUAUUUUUAACUGUAUAGACCUAGACCACCCUGGUUUACUGAUCUAGAGGAAUAUAUUCAAAUAUAUUGUACUGUAAUUCAUUCCCAUGCUGCACUGCUCUUCUGUCAACAGUGUCUCUCCCUCAGGCAGUCAGUAGGUGUGGAGGUGGAGCAGGGUGUACCUAUAACUUAACCUGUAUGCAAAUAAUUGUAAAUAUUUAAAUAGUUAAUUAGAUCCUGUGCCUCCCUUGUAGAUUUUAAUGAACAUUUUAACAAAUAUACAGUACGAGUACGCUAUCUAGUUCAAUUCUAAGUAUUAGAUGUCCAUUUACACUGCAGUUUGCAGUGAUGUAUUUAUUGAUCAAACAGAAACAAACACCAACUUAACCAAUGAAAGAAUAAUGAAAAGUAAUUGAGUAGUUACUAAAAUAAAGUUAUUAAACUGUUAUUUAUUUGAUUAAAUGGGGAAAAAAGUCCAAUUUGUGUACUUCCUGGUUAUAUUCCUAAUGCUUCCUGUAUUGUAUUUUCAAAUUAAAGGUGUUUGUUUCUGUCUAGUUGCCUGGUUGCCGCUAGUGCUGUGAACAAGCUAUUUUCUGUGAUCCGUCCUCAUGUAAAAUGUAAAACGAGGAGCUGCGGCAAAAAACUACGACCAUGUGGAUCCACAUUUAUAUCGCACACAUCAAAUCACCUCUAAACCCAGAAAUUAGUCAGCUGAGUCAGCAGUUUACCUCCAGCAGGACUUCUGACCCCUCAGGCUCUGUGGCAACUGUCCCGUCAGGAUUACACCAUUCACGUCUCUCAGGGAACAAACAAUGUCUCUGUUUUUUGUCUUUUUUGUGAGUCUUCCUUUAAUGUGGGUCGCCGUGCAGACGGAACCCGUUGCGGGAUCCUCGUACGUUGCAGCUGUGUACGAGCACAAAGUAAUCCUGAACCCGCACCCUGAUGUCCCGCUGUCCCGCGCCGCUGCCCUGAGACACAUGCGCGAAAACCUGGAUGUUUACGAGGAGCAGGCUGCCCGGGCCGCUCAGCAGGGUGCUCAGAUCCUAGUGUUUCCAGAAGAUGGUCUUCAGGGUUUCAACUUCAGCCGUUCAUCCCUCUCUGGCUACCUGGAAACCAUUCCUGACCCCCAGGAAGAGAGCUGGAACCCCUGCAUGGAGCCAAGCAAAUACAACAACACUGAGGUUCUCCAGCGGUUGAGCUGUAUGGCCCGACGUCACAACCUCUACCUGGUGGCCAACAUGCCUGACCUGCAGCCCUGCCCCCUGAAGACAGACCCCUCUUCCUCCUGUCCCUCUGACGGACGCUGGCAGUUCAACACCAAUGUGGUUUUCAGGUCAGAUGGUCUGCUGGUGGCACGCUACCAUAAGCACAACCUCUACUUUGAGAAUGCCUUCGAUACCCCGCCGCAACCUGAGAUCAUAACGUUUGAUACACCUUUUGCUGGGAGGUUUGGCCUCAUAACCUGCUUCGACAUCCUGUUCCACAAGCCCACCAUUACCCUGGUGGAGAAGGGGAUGCGUCAGCUGAUCUUCCCCACAGCCUGGAUGAACCAGCUCCCCCUACUGGACACGAUCCAGUUCCAGCAGGCGUUCAGCUUGGGUUCCAAUGUCACCGUGCUAGCAGCCAACAUUCGUAAUGACGGACUGAUCAUGACAGGAAGUGGUAUCUACACCCCUUUUUCUGCCACCUACCACCACGCAAAGAAAGGAGACCCAGAGGAGGGCAGGCUGGUGGUGGCCAGGAUGCCAGUCUUAGACCCACUGUGGGUGGGGCAGAGGGUGGCCACAGAGAAGGGGGUAGUUGAGGGUGAGUCCACAUCAUCUACAGCUACAGGAUCUGGAUACUGUGACAGAGAGAGCUGUUCUUCUUCUCCGGAAAUUGGUUCUUCGUUCCCUCCCUCCUCCGCCACCUUCAUCUCAUCCAUGAUGUACGACCCAUUCACAUUUGUCUUCUUAAAUGAGACAGACGGUGAAGUGAAGGUGUGCAAUGGCACGUUUUGCUGUUACUUGCAAUACCGGCGGUCACCACAAGGCAGCAGUAGAGAGCUCUACGCAUUGGGAGCAUUCUCUGGAACACACACUGUGAACGGACGCUAUGCCCUACAGGUGUGUGCACUGGUCCGCUGUGCAGGGUUGGACGCCGCAUCCUGUGGACAGGAAGUGGGAGAGGCAGAGUCUAAAAUGGACUUCCUUUUGGAGGGGAAGUUUGGGACCAGAUACGUGUACCCAUCAGUUUUGACUAGCAAGCUGGUCCUGGAGCAGCCGGAGCAUCUUGAAAAGGCUGCAGAUGGCAGAGUGACCAUGAAACACUCAAACAUGACUGGUGGGCUGGUCACUGCCUGUCUGUACGGACGGAUGUAUCACAUGGACAAUGAAUGAAUUACUUUGGAAUAGAUGAGAAAAAUAUCAAAUAAAUAAAAAAACGUUCUGACCAAGACUGAUAAUGACAAUUCAGCUGUUACAAAUUUGUAUUCUGUCAUGUACAAACUGCAAUAAAUCAAAAACAAAUA